UGGAGCUCUGGCAGUCACAAAAUUCUCUGCUCCGGCAACGAACGAAACCCAGCCAAAGUCCUGUUGAAAGACUGGGCAACAAUCACAAGAACUCUUUUGCAGACUGCACAUACUGUACCAUACAAUCAUACUAUCGCUGAAUAGAAAACAAGAAUAGAAGCAACCAACCUAGACCUCUCAUCCAUCAAUUCCUUCGCAAUGUCUGCCGCUGCCAAGACCGCCCCAGCGGCCAAGAAUCUACUCAACUUUCUGGCACCGCCAGCUCGAGUGGCCAGCAGCUUUGACUGGAAGCAAAAGACGGCCGCCAAAGUGUUGGCUGUGGACAUUGGCGCCGACCGCAUCGGUCUUGCCGUGGCUCCCCACCCGAAAUCGAACCAACCCAUCCGAACCCUACGACCGCUGGAACUGAAGCGUGAGACACGAAAGGGCAACCGACGUGUCUUGAGCGAGCAGUGUGUCGAGACCAUGGCCACGAUUGUCGAGGAACACAACGUUUGUGCCCUCUUGGUGUCCUGGCCCGUGCAACACGAAGGCGGAAACUGUGGCAAACCCUGUGGACAAGUCUUGCACACGUUGGAUUCCUUGUUGUCCGAAUCCAACUCGAUUGUCACCAAGAGUCGUCCCGUCUGCUUGUGGGACGAUCAGCACGUUCAGAUUCCCGCUUUGGAUUCCUUUGGUCGAGAUCCUACCUUUGGAAGAUGCACGGCGACCAAGAACAAGACGCUUCACGUGGCGAGUAAAGAACAGUACACACAUCAUGACUGCAGCAGUGCCGUGGCUGCCAAGGUUUGGCAAGAUUUCUGCCAAGCUCAUUGGCAUGCCAAAGAGGGAGCGCAUGGCAGUAACAACAAUCUAAUCGAACCCCAGCCAAUUGAAGAUUGUACCGCGGAUGAAACCUACAUAAUACAACAAGACGACGACGAGGAUAGAGAAUUGAUGGCAAUGUGA